AGAUGGCGCUGGCUAUGACGUCAUGUCUGCUGUAUUUUCUCCUGGCUGGUUGCAGUUCAGUGUUUUGAAGUGCUAUUUGUUUAUAUUUUAGGAUAAUGGACGUUGAACUAUGAUACCGUUUUGCUCUGUUUCAAAAUGGCAUCAAAUGAGGUUCGGACUUUACUCAACUCUCUUGAAGAAUACGAAGCUCAAUUGCACCAGGUGAAUGCAACUAUCAAUGCAGCAUCAAAUGCAUCAGAGAAGGAAACGCUGUCAUCUUUGAGAGAAGACAUAGUUCAACUCAUAACUCUAACCAAAGAAAAUCUUUCCGAGCUUCAGAGCUCGUCAAAUAGUUCUGCCACUGAUACUUCUGUACCAAAUACUGAAGAUGACAUAUUCGCUAAAGAAUAUGCUCUCUUCAAGGCGGAGUUAGAUGCAGAGGACGGGCCUUCUUCUUCUCAUUCAAAUGAAUGUCAGUCCUUAGCGACCCCUGACAUUGCUAGUGAGCUUGAGGCGCUUCAAGGUAUGAAGUGCCAAGCACCUUUUUGCCAUGGCUGGGGAACAUCGUACCACAAUGCCUUAGUUUUUCAUGUCGAACCUACCAACAACAUAACAGAAAUGGACCAGAUUCAGGUUCGUGUUAUGUUUACCAAUCCAACAGAUAUAAAAAUGGUUCCCUGCUCUUACUAUCUGGAAGGAGAGUGCCGUUUUGAUGACAAGAAAUGCCGUUUUUCUCAUGGAGAACUAGCGCACCUGUCUGAAUUAAAAGAGUAUAAAGAACCGAAUUUUGAGGCAAUCAAGUCUGGCUCUAGAGUGUUGGUUCUUACUGAAGGCAAAGAUAAGUUGUGGCACCGUGCAAUUGUUCAACAUGAAGUCAAGAACUCCAUCUGGCAAGUAAAGCUAGAAUCCUCGGGAGGUAGCAAAAUCCAGGUUGGAUUAAAGGACAUGUUGCCACUUGAAGGUGAUGGAGAUACCAAUAAUGGAGCUGAAUCAUCCUCUGAUGACAGUUUUGACGAUGAUAGUGAAGAUAAUAAUGAUGAUGAAACUGUCCACCAUUCCGCAAUGGUGCAGUUGAGUUUAAGCAAGGCCUCAGCAUCAGCUCUUGGUGCUUGGGAGCAACAUACCAAGGGCAUCGGUUCCAGAUUAAUGGAAAGGAUGGGUUAUGUAAUUGGUACAGGCCUGGGACCACUAGGCGAAGGCCGAGUGGAGCCCGUAGAGGCUGUUGUUUUCCCACCAGGAAAAUCACUUGAUCAUUGUAUGAGGCUGAAGGAGCAAGCAGGUGGGGACAGCCUGUUGAAGACUGAGAAGAAACUCCGGAGGCAGAAGAAGAAACAAUUAGAGCAACAGAAGGCACAAUACGAAAAGGAAAAGAAACGUGUAAAUGUGUUUGAUUUUCUAAAUAGCAAAUUAGGAGACACAAGUGCGCAAAAGGGUCCAUCAAUCAGAAAAGAUGUGGAGGUAAAGAAGGCCUUGAAAGGUGAAACUAGUAAAAGCUUAAAUCUUGCAAAUUUACAAGUAGGUGAAGAUAUAAAGCGUGCAGGAAAAGAUCUUAUUCAUCUCAAGGAAUCCUUGGGACGGCAGACGGUAGGGACACCAGCAUAUUCUGCCAUAGCUAGCAAAGUUUCUAUGAAAGAGAAAGAAAUAAGGCAAUUGCAGGAAUCUGAAAAUAGAAUCAAUGCAGAACAAAGUUUAAGGAAAGGAAACAAAAAGAUGUCUAUAUUUUAGGCACCAUGAAAUUUUUGUGAGUUUACUUUGUAUUCUUAAGACAGUUCUAUCUUGCCAUUGCCUGGCUAAAUUUUUUGACAUCAAGUUUCUAUGAAAAAUGAUGACAUUUUUAUCUCAUGAAGCAAUUUUUAGAAAUUAUUAUUGUUGUAUAUUUUUGUGAAACUGACUGGUAGUAUUAUGUAUUCCUUGAAUCAAUUGUGCCACUGCCAUUGUUUGAUAAUUACAGGUAUUUUAAUGCACUGCAUUUGAAUAAAUGUUAUUUAUUUUUUUGCUGUUA